UUGUCAAGGAUAUAUGAAAUUUUAUGUCCACUCAUAUCGUAUUUAGGAACGAUCCAAGUGAAAUACGUCCCGAAGAUACCCGGUGCUCAUGAGUUGUCUAUCGUACAAGACGGAACCCACAUUGAUGGAAGCCCUCUUCGUUUCUAUGUGGAUGGAUACCACGGUGGAUAUGCUACCGUCUACGGGCCAGGUCUGCAGAAUACAUCUGUCGGAGAGCCAGCUGCCUUUACUGUGUGUGCGAAAGGAUCCGCUGCGAAGGAGUUGUCAGUGAGCAUUGAAGGACCGGCGCAAAGCAGGAUUAAAAUACAUGACAAUAAGGAUGGUACAUGUUCAGUGACGUGGGUACCUCCUGUACCUGGUGAAUACAAAGUUCAUGUAAAACUCGGUGGCAAGGAAGUUCACAAUUCUCCAUUCAACGUGCUAGUAGCUGGUGAAGGAGCAAAACGUGCUCAUCUUUCCGUUGGCUCAACUUCCGAGGUUGCAUUGAACAUCACUGAGUCAGAAUUAAAGGGUAUUUCGGCUUCGAUUAAAUCUCCAUCCGGUAUAGAAGAACCGUGUUUCGUUCGCAUUAUUGAAGGCGGCAGACUUGGCGUUUCGUUUACGCCACGUGAAGCUGGUGAACAUCUGAUAUCAGUGAAAAAACAUGGAAAACUCCUACCUAAAGCACCUUUCAAGAUCAAGGUGGACAAGUCACAAGUAGGCGACGCCAGCAAGGUCCAAGUAAGCGGUGCAGGGAAAACGAGCGCUGAAUGCAUGAAAGACAACGAAAUUCUUAUUGACACCAGUAAAGCCGGAUAUGGUGGUCUAUCAGUCUCAGUGCAAGGACCAUCGAAAGCAGAGCUCGGCUGCAAGGAAGUCAAAGCAGGGUUGGUCAAGGUGAACUAUAAACCAACAGAACCUGGAGUGUAUGUCAUAGCUGUGAAGUUCGCCGACCAUCAUGUUAAAGAUAGCCCUUUCACAGUGCAAUGUACUGGUAAAGGUGCUGGCAGAAAACGUGUAGAAAUAAGUCGAAGAGCGGAGCAGGCUCCCUUAACUUUACCAAAUAAGGAAGCGCUCAUGUAUAUGAAAUUGCCAAAUGUUUCACCGAUGGACCUUGUGGCAAAAAUCCUAGAUCCUAAAGGACGAACGGAGGAUGUCGAAAUAAGAGAUCUCGGCAAUCAGUUCUUCCAAAUUAGGUGA